AUGAGAACGGCUCUACUAUUAAGCUUAGGCCUAGUGGCUGCGGUAGACCCUUCGCCGGUCAACGAAGAGGUUUCGUUAGAGGAAAGAUUCGAGGACGUCUCCACGUAUGACUUUGACUUGGACUCGAUCUCGUAUCUCAGUCACAUUGCUGUGGAAAAGGCAGUUGAUUGGUUGGAGUCACACGAUAUUAGCAGCAUUUCGGAAUGUUUCGAGUACUACAAUGAACACCGGCUAGACCCCGGAACACUAGAAAUAGCGGUGAGCACCGGGCAUGAGUGGUACAAGUCGUCUGACUUUUUUAGACAGGGUAUAGAUUUGGUUGCUGAGCUUAUGGAGAAGUCGAGGGACUCCCAGAAGCUCCAAUGGUGGAAGCACGGCCUAGUCCAGAGUCUAAUACGCUUGGGUACUGUGGAUUUGUUUGAGGAGCUAUUGAGAGACAACUUUGGGGUACAUUUUGAAAAGCUAGCCGAUAUCUACAAGGACAUGCAAGUGCAGUUGCACUCUAUUGAUGUUGUUGGCGGCGUUGUCGACGCUCCUCAUGGUAACAGUCUGAGAGCUCCGAAGGAAUUCCCAUGGGGUGGUCCAAACCAGGGCAGUGGCUCCUCGCAGGGUGACAGCCCAUCGUCGCCAUGGGAUCUGCCAAAAGAGCCGCCUACUGUUAGAUCCAAAGCUCCCGCAGGCAAUGGUGAGAAGACCGAAGGAAACCCGCUCGAUUACGCCAAUCCAAAGAAAGCCACUGCUGAAUUCAACUUCCCCAAGUUUAAGAAGCCAAAGGAUGAUGAGAAGAAAGAUGGCGACAAGAAGGAUGACAAGAAGGAUGACAAGUCCGACAACAAGGAUGACAAGAAGGAUGACAAGUCCGACAGCAAGGAUGACAAGAAGGAUGACAAGUCCGGCAAGAAAGACGACAAGCCUGACAACAAGCCUGACAACAAGGAUGACAACAAGCCUGACAAGAAGGGGGACAACAAGCCUGACAAGAAGGGGGACAACAAGCCUGAUAAGAAGGACGACAAGUCCGACAACAAUGAUGCCAAGAAGGAUGGCAAGAAAGGUGAAAAGUCUGACAGGAAGGAUGAAAACAAGGAUGACAAUUCCGACAAGAAGGAUGACAAGAAGGAUGGCAAGUCUGACAGGAAGGAUGAAAACAAGGAUGACAACUCCGACCAGAAGGAUGGCAAGAAGGAUGGCAAGUCUGACAAUAAGGAUGAGAAGAGCGAUGACAAGUCUGACAAUAAGGAUGAGAAGAAUGACAAGUCUGACAAGAAAGAUGAAAACAAGGACGACAAUUCCGACAAGAAAGAUGAGAAGAGGGAUGACAAUUCCGACCAGAAGGAUGAGAAGAGGGAUGACAAGUCUGGCAAAAAGGAUGGCAAGAGGGAUGAGAAGAGGGAUGACAAGUCUGACAAGAAGGAUGAGAAGAGGGAUGACAAUUCCGACAAGAAGGAUGAGAAGAGGGAUGACAAGUCUGACAAGAAGGAUGAGAAGAGGGAUGACAAUUCCGACAAGAAGGAUGAGAAGAGGGAUGACAAGUCUGACAAGAAGGAUGAGAAGAAUGACAAGUCCGACAAGAAGGAUGGCAAUGAUGACAAGAAGGAUGAGAAGAAUGACAAGUCCGACAAGAAGGAUGGCAAUGAUGACAAGAAGGACGACGAGAAGGAUUGUGACAAGAAGGAUGGGGACCAGAAGGACGACAAGCAUGACGACAAGCAUGACGACAAGCAUGACGACAAGCAUGACGACAAGCAUGACGACAAGCAUGACGACAAGAAAAAGAAUAAGGACAAGAACGAUUCCGAUAAGAAGAAGAAAGGUGGUAAGCAUGACGAGAAACAUGACGACGAGAAGAAGGAUGAGGACAAACAUGAAGACGAGAAGGAAGAAAAGAAGGAAGACAAGUCCGACAAGAAGGAAGACAAGAGGGACGACAAGUCUGACAAGAAGGAAGAUAAGAGGGACGACAAGUCUGACAAGAAAGAAGACAAGAGGGACGACAAGAAGGACGAGAGGGAUGACAAGUCCGACAGGAAGGAAGACAAGAGGGACGACAAGUCUGGCAAGAAGGGCGACAAGUCUGACAAGGACGACAAGUCGGACGAGAAGGAUAAGAAUGAAUGCGGCAGGUUCAGAAAGUGCAGGCCAAUUGAGAAACCAGAUGAAUCUAAAGAAACCAAUCCAAAGGACGACAACUCCAAAGGCAAGAAACAGGAAGACCAGAAGUCAAAGGAUGGAAAGAACAAGGACGGAAAACCAUCCGACGACGACAAGACUGAAGAAAAGCCAGACAAGUCGAAGGGAUGGACCAAGCCGUGCGACAGGUGGAAGAAAAACAAGCCUAAGGACGGAGACAAUUCUGGAAAGCCAAAGGAGCAGAACCCUAACGAUGAGAAGGACAAGGAUUCUGGAAAGAAAGGCGACGAAAAGUCUAAACCUUGCGACGAGCCAAAAGUGCAGCCUAUCGAAGACGAGAAGGACGACAAGAAUUCGAAGGGCCCCAAGGACUCCAAGGACUCCAAGGACUCCAAGGACUCCAUUAACGCAGUGAAGGCCACCGCCCUUCCUAGGGGCAAGCCGCUACGCGACCCCGCGCUAGCCGACAGAUUGAAGAACGCCCACUUGAGGAGCAGCGCGCUUCCCAAAUCCCAGAUCCUAGACCCAAAAUUCCCAGUUGAGCCCACCCAGAAGCCCGUGCCAUCUGCCUCCCUAGUGCCUAAGGAGUCCCUUGUCGUGCUGCCUAAGCCUCCGGCCACCUUGGUUUCCCCAGCAGAGCCUCCAAGCUCAACUGCACAGCCGCUAGAAACCUCCGAGCCGGCAAAGCCCGCCGAACAGGCCCCACGCAGCACCCACAAGAUGUCUUCGAUUUUCAUUCCUCGCUUCAAGGGCUUCUCCAAGUUUCUCCACGCUCCAAAUCAGGCUGUUCUCAACGGCCAGGAGGCCCCUCCUGCUGCGCCGGAACCCGCGCCAGAAGCCGCGCCAGAAGCCGCGCCAGAAGCCGGCAACCCGGAUGCAGACCCUGCAGCCUCUGCUAGCCCAGUCGACGGCACACAGGCGUCCUCCAUCGUGCGCUACACCCGCACAGCGGCCGCAGGCUCCUCCGCCGCGUCCUCCGACCUGUCCGACGCCGCCAGCACCUUGCUAGCGCGCAGACCGGGCUACGUCACCUUUGAUGGCACCUUCCCCACCGGAAAACGUCUAGAGAAGUACUACAGCAACCACACCAACGGCUCCUCGUUCAUCAUCGACACCAAUGUGUCGAAUGUGGCCACCAAUCUCCACCCGUGGUCUUUUGUCGGCGCUGUGAUCGUCUUGGUCAGCAGUGCCUUACUCUUUUGA